UUAGGAUGUGCAGUUCCAGCGGUGCGAACGUGUUCCGGGCGCGCCAACUGUCGGCCAAGUAGCCGAAAGCAGCCAAUAAAAAUAAAAAGAGCCAACCAAAAGCAGCCGGAACGGCAACAGUUUCUCUUGAAAUAUGCCAACGCCUGACUGAGGGCCACAAUCGCGGGUCGCGCGUUUUUGUGUGUAAAUAAACAGAAAACCAGAUGAAAAAAUCAGACGAAAUCGAAUCGAAAAUCAAGCGGAACAAAAAAAGCAAAAGUCUCCUCCAUUGGCGGCGCAUCAUCAAUCAAGUAGAGAUUCGCACAAUUUAUUUUCCGGUUUCAGUGAAAGAGCACAAGUUAUUCAAUUAAAAAUUGAUGCCAGCGGGCGGAAUGUCUGACUGAUGUGUUGGCGAGCAGCGAAGCCGUAACGCAUACGCCAUGUGAGCCGGAUCGAUGGGAUCGUGUUCCGGCCAAGCCACAAUGCCAGUCCUCCUCCUGUAAAUAGCCAGCAGCCUUGUUAUGUGUCCGUGUCCGUGUAUCCGCCACUGUACAUACUCUAGACUCUAAUUGAUUAGACCACAAUAUAACAACAAAAAAUUGAAAAAAACACCAAGCAAAACGAUAAAUAAAUAAAUAAAUACAUAGAGGAAGAAGCGCGCGUUUCGAAAGAGAACGAAAGCGCGCCACACACAAGUUUCGGUGCAAAACGGGUAUAAAUAAUCGAAAUAAUAAUAUUCGAACGCUAUGCUAUGCUAUAUGCUGUAGGAAUUAGUUAAAUUAUUAGGAUAAAACCGAUUGGAAUUUCGCGCGCAAUAAGAUUUAAUUGUAAACACACGGGCAGCAUGGGACCAAUCAGACUCUAAAGCUAGCCACGCAUCCACAAAAGUUAGUUAGACGAAAGCAGAAAGAUCACAAUGGACUACGGCCGGCUGAAUGCGAACAUCAAUACGGGCAACAUCAGCACCGAUGACUUUCUGGCCGUGUUCUCCACCGGAAAACCAGACAAUGCCACACUCAAUCCGCCGCUUCUCAGUGUCGAUGGGCAGUUGACCCUGCCACCGGGAUCGGGAUAUAUUAAUGUAAACGACACGAUAUUCCUGCUCAAUGGCAGCUUCUACAACAGCAGUCUCCAGCUGGCGGCAGGUUACUACAACCAGAGUGGUGGAGCUGGCGGGACAUCGGGCAAUCUAACCCAUCCGAACCACACAGAAGUCCACUGGGAUGGAAGGUAUCCCAGUGGCUAUACGCUCACCCAACUCGUGAUCGCCUCCAUUAUCGUGACCAUCCUGAUGAUCAUCAUUGUGGUGGGCAACAUGCUGGUGAUCAUAGCCAUUGCCACGGAGAAGUCGCUGAAGAACAUACAGAACUGGUUCAUCGCCUCGCUGGCGGUGGCCGACUUCUUUCUGGGCCUCAUCAUCAUGCCCUUCUCGCUGGCCAACGAGCUGAUGGGCUACUGGAUCUUCGGCAGCUGGUGGUGCGACAUCCACUCAGCGAUGGACGUGCUCCUCUGCACCGCCUCGAUCAUGAACCUCUGCCUCAUCUCGCUGGACCGCUACUGGAGCAUCACAAAGGCCGUCGACUAUCUGAAGUCAAGGACGCCGGCGCGGGCCGCCGUCAUGAUAACGGCGGUCUGGAUAAUGUCCGCCCUCAUCUGCAUCCCGCCGCUGCUCGGCUGGAAGGUGAAGAUGCCCGAGGGACCGCUGCCCAAGUGCGAGCUGAGCGAGGACAUCGGCUACGUGCUCUACUCGGCACUGGGCUCCUUCUACAUCCCCAGCUGCAUUAUGGUCUUUGUGUACAUACGAAUUUACUUUGCCGCCAAGGCGCGGGCGAGGAGAGGCAUUAAAAAGCAUCCCCGCAAAACAAACAACGAACAGGUAACGAGCUUCACCACCGCCAAGAAAACAAUACCGAUGCCCUCCUCCAGCGGCGCGGCCGCGUUGCAGCUGCACCAGCAGCGGCAGAUAGCCACCAUCGAGACACCACCGAACAGCGCCACGAUGCCGAUGCAGAUACCCACGGUGACCAUGGACCUGGCCUCGGACAUCUCCACCUCGGAGGCCGGGGAGCUGGAGGCGGUGGCCGCGCAAACGGUGCUGGCCUACGCCAAUCCCAACGGAUCCGGCACGAAUGCGGUCACUGUGGUGAGCAGCGGGAAUGGAGGUGGCGGCGGCGCCACCUGUGCCACGCCCAGUUCGCCCAAGGAAACGUUGCAGGUGAGCACGAUAGCCACCGGGCGGGUGGGCCUCAAUGUGCCCGUGCCGCCGUCUAUGGGCAGCAACAACUCCAUCAACGCGCUGAACAACAACAACGGCAGCGUGGCCCUGGAUGGCGGGGCACCACCACCCACCAGUGGUGGCAACGGAAGUACAGGAGCGGCUCCGGGUGGCUUGCAAGCCUCCGGGAAUGAGCUGCGCGUCUCGCCGAUCGCCGGACGGUGUCGAGCUCUUUCCGUGGGCGUGGACACGGACAUGGUGAGUGAAUUCGAUCCAUCCAGCAGCGAUUCGGGCGUGGUCAGUCGCUGUGCCGUGGUCAAGCCGCUCAAGUUUCGCCUUUGCCAGCCGAUCUUCGGGCGCAAGUCCAGCAAUCAGCAGCGUCGCAACGAGGCCAAAACGGCGGCCAAGAACCAACAUCCCGCCGCCUCGGCGACGACGGCUGGGAAAAAUCAGCUUCAGCUUCAACAGCAGCAGCAGCAGGUGGUGAAGGCGGAACUGGAGCCGGCCAUUCCGAAGACCCCAAAGCCACGGGAUCCCGAGAAGGAGAAGCGGCGGAUUGCGCGCAAGAAGGAGAAGCGGGCCACGUUGAUCCUGGGCCUGAUCAUGGGCAGCUUCAUCGCCUGCUGGCUGCCGUUUUUCUUCCUGUACAUCCUGGUGCCGGCCUGUAGCAGCCACUGCAACAUACCGGAGUCGGCGUUCGCCGUCGCCUUCUGGCUGGGCUACAUGAACUCGGCCCUCAAUCCGGCCAUCUACACCAUCUUCAACAAGGACUUCCGACGCGCCUUCCGGCGCAUCCUGUUCAAGUGAUGUUUGGCCUACGUGUGCUGUUACAGGUGCGUUUACGCCAGCAUCGAGAAGGCAACCGAACGUGCCAUGGGCAGCACACCCAUGGGCUAUGGUCAUGGCAUGUAUCAGCACUACAGGCGUUAGAUUUGCUUCGUUUUGGCAGAGCCACCAGUCCCGAAAUCCCAAAGCCUUCCAUCCCAGAGCUGCAGAACUAUCGAUCUAUUGUUUCUUUAUUCCGAUACGAUGGCCUUUAAAGUCUCUUUCGUUUGAAAAAUUAAAGGAAAAAUAUAUAAAAUCCAUCUUAAAAUUAUUUGUAAAGUAAUUUUUUAGGAACUUUAACUUUAUUAUUUAAACUGUGGUUCUUAACUUUCAAAUUAACGCAUUUUUAGCCUACGCAUUUAGCAUAUUGUUUCUGCUAUCAAAGGUAUUGAGUAAGCUCUAUAGUUUUUUAUUUAAAGAAAUGGUUCUGACUUUCACUGUUAAAAUUUUUUUGUUCGAAAAUAUCUAUCGGAUUGACAAUCGAUAGUUUGGCAGCUCUACCCCCUCCCAUUAGCUUACUCCUUUCCCAUUCUUUUUUUGCAUUUUUUGUUUGAAAAAAAAAAAGUAACGAACAUUGUAGCUCAUUUCAAAAGCAAUGAACGGCUGUGAAUUUGAUGGAAUCUCUCAAUUUCAAUUUACGCAUUUUGGUUUCGUUUCGUUUGGUUUCUCGAGCACCCUUGAACCCAAAGACCCCAAUCCCAGAGGCCCCAGAAUCCUGGCAACCCGUCAACCCGAACCCGCCGCAGUCUUCCAAACACUUUUCACACUCGACGAGCUCAUAGAAAUGCAUGAGCUGUGCAAACAAGAAUUUGAGCUGGGCAAACAUCUAUUAUGCUCCCUGAAUGGAUGUGUCCGCCUGCGACGUCUAUGGCCAUUCAACUUGAAAUAAUUUCGCAAAUUUCCAUUUGCGGCUGCAUUGCAUUGCCAAUGCCGAACAUCAGUGCAGUGUGCAAAUGUGUCAAGAGUCAGGUGGCCCGAAAUCCCUUUCGGAGCACCAGACCACCAUUGUUGUGCGUUGGCAAUCAAAAUUGGGGUCAACAAGUGUGUAUGUGUGUGUGUGUGUGUGCGUUGCAGUCGUCGAACGUUGGCAGCACAUUAAUUUAAUUCCUUUUUAAUAUUUCGGCAAACCUCUUAUCCACUCCUUCGACGAGAGAAUCUCUUCUCAGAUGUGGGGCGCCUGCAAUUGCGAGGCUGCAUUUGGCUGGCGGCCAAA